AUGCGCAUUGAGGAAUUGGUACUGGAAGGCUUCAAAUCAUAUCCUGUGAGAACGCAGAUCACAGGAUGGGACGCGUCUUUCAACGCCAUCACUGGUCUCAAUGGAUCUGGAAAGUCCAACAUCCUUGACGCGAUAUGCUUUGUUCUCGGCAUUACCAACAUGUCAUCAAUGCGUGCACAAAACCAACAGGAUCUCAUAUACAAGCGAGGUCAGGCCGGCAUCACCAAAGCAAGUGUGACGAUCGUUUUCGACAAUUCUGACCGCGCAACCAGUCCUGUCGGAAUGGAGAAUUGUAAGCAGAUCACGGUGACCCGGCAGAUUGCGCUCCCAAACGUCUCCAAAUAUCUCCUCAAUGGUCAUAAAUCACAACAGCAUACCAUACAGACCCUCUUCCAGAGUGUUCAACUCAACAUAAACAACCCGAACUUUCUAAUCAUGCAAGGUCGGAUCACAAAGGUGCUGAAUAUGCGUCCACAAGAGAUUCUCGGAAUGGUUGAGGAAGCUGCUGGAACCCGCAUGUUUGAAGAGCGCAAAGACAAGGCGAAGAAGACGAUGGGCAAGAAGGAGAAGCGAGUACAAGAAAUCACGUCUCUAUUGGCAGAAGAAAUCACACCGAAGCUUGACACGCUGCGGGAGGAAAAGCGCUCAUUCCUACAGUGGCAGAAAGCCUGCUCUGAGUUGGAAAGGAUUGGGCGCGUGCUCCGUGCGUGGGAAUGGACGGAAGGACGGGAACGUGUCAACAGGAAGGAGGCGGAGAUUAAUGCUAAGGAGAAGGAGAAAGUGAAGGUGAGCAAGGGCAAGGAGAAGUGUGUCAAUGAAAUAGAGGCUGCGGAGAAGGACGCCCGAGAGGUUGAAGCACAGCGCGAGAAGGAGUUGCGGAAGGGCGGAAAAUUCAAGAAGCUUGAGGAGGAGGUGGCCGAGCUUGAAAAGGUACUCGUUAAGGUCCGCACGCAAAUCGAUAUUAAGAAUGGAUCAAUAUUCGACGAGGAAGGCAAGGUGACGACACUGGAGGAAGGACUUGCCGAGCUGGGCAGCAGUCUCGCACAGAAGCGAGCGCAGGUAGACGGGUUGACCGCGUCUCACGCAUCUGUCAAAGACAAGCACAAUGCCUUACAGGCAUCUCUGUCGAACGCAGAAGAGCUCCUACAAACGCUUCUCACUGGCCUCACAUCGAAGAGCGCCGGCCACACUGGAGGUGGGUACAUGGGCCAACUCGCCGAAGCCAGGACACGCCUCGCACAAGCGAACACCGAAGAGGAACAGACCAAAGUAAAGCUGACGAUGAGACGCAAGGAGCUGAAGGACUUGGAGACUCGCUGGAAGGAAGUCGAGAGAGAAGCCGGAGAUGGAGAGAGACGGCUACGGUCGACGAGAGCAGAGAUUGAAGCCUUUAAGAAGAGGGUCGCACAAUCGGGAUGGAGUACGGAUAAGGAAAAAGAAGGCGAAGCAGCUUUGAAGGCGGCGAAGGUGGAAGUGCGGCGAUUAACAGAGGAACGCGAGUUGGUGAAGCACCGGCUAUCAUCUCUCGAUUUCGAGUACGCCUCGCCUCACCCCAACUUCGACCGUACCCGCGUAAAAGGUCUCGUUGCCUCUUUGAUCUCGCUUGAGCCUACCGACUACGACAAGUCUACUGCACUGGAGAUCACUGCUAGCGGGAGGCUCUACAAUGUAGUCGUCGAGAAUGAGCAAGUCGGGAAAGAACUGUUGGAGAAAGGCCGACUCAAGAAACGAGUCACCAUCAUUCCGCUGAACAAGAUAGACAGAAGUGUCAUUCCUGACCAGAAACUCCAAGCCGCGAUGAAGCUCGCACCUGGCAAGGUCCGCUUGGCACUGUCGCUGGUCGGCUAUUCACAAGAGGUCGCCAACGCUAUGGCGUUCGUCUUCGGCAACACUAUGGUCUGUGACGACGCGGAGUCUGCGAAGCUCGUGACCUUCACCUCGCACGUAAGGUCGGUCACACUCGACGGCGAUGUCUACGACCCCUCUGGCAUGUUGAGCGGUGGGUCUGCGCCAAGCGGAAGCGGCGUACUUAUCAAGAUGCAGGAAUUGCUCGAAGCUGAGGGUAAGCUCGGAGAAGCCCGAGGCCGCCUGCAGAUGCUGGAACAGCGAGAGAUGCAGGAUCGAGACGCGAGAGAAAAGUGGAAGAAGCUUGCUCGGGAACUAGAGCUGAAGGAGCACGAGAUGAGGCUUCUGGAGGAGCAAAUCAAUGGGAGCAAUGCCUCCAGGAUCGGUGCAGAUGUUGAACAGGCUAAGCAAACCAUCGCCGAACUGACCGCUGUCGUCGAGAGUGCGAGACAAAAACAAGCAGCUGCCCGGGAAGAGAUGAACAAACUCGAGAAGGACAUGGAGGAAUUCAAGAGCAACAAGGAAGGUAAGAUCGAGGAACUCAGGUCGGAUGUCUCAACGCAGAAGGCAGCGCUGCAGAAGCACUCAGUGCUGGUGAAGACUCAGCAAAAGGAUCUGCAGACAGCUAAGCUGGAGUUAGAACAACUGGAGAAGGACGUUAAGACAGGUGAGGACGAACUGUCGGAAGCACGGUUAGGCGUCGACAAGAUGCGCGAAGAGCUUGCACAGUUGAACCGUCAGCUUGCUUCGAGCGAGGCGUCGUUCGCGAAGGCAGAGCGCAAAUUACAGGAGGAGCGAGCCACCCUGACUCGGUUCGACAACGAGCUGAAAGAGCUUGAGCGUGUCGUCAAAGAGAAGAAGCAGGCAGUCUCCGAUGCGGAUCUCCAGCUCAAAAAGCUGGAACAUGAUCUAGGGUCACUCGCAAAGGAGAAGACUACUGCUGUCAACUUCGUGACCAACUUGGAGAAGCAGUACGACUGGAUUGUUGACGAACAGGAGUCUUUUGGGAAACCGGGCUCUCAGUAUGACUUCGCAGCGGUGGACAUCAAUCGGUUGAAGGAGAAGGCCAGAGAUCUCGAGGCACAACAGAAAGGAAUGAAGAAGAAGGUGAAUCCAAAGGUCAUCAACAUGAUUGAUACUGUCGAGAAGAAGGAAGCCUCGCUGAAGAAAAUGUUGGCAACUGUGCUGAAGGACAAGGAGAAGAUCGAGCAGACCAUCGAGGAGUUGGACCGCUACAAGCUAGACGCUUUGGAGAAGACGUGGUCUAAAGUGAACGGAGAUUUUGGAGGAAUCUUUGCUGAACUGCUUCCGGGAAACUUCGCCAAAUUGCAGCCACCUGAAGGUCAGGACCUCACGCAGGGCCUGGAAGUCAAAGUGCAACUGGGAUCUGUCUGGAAGCAAAGUCUCACAGAGUUGAGCGGUGGUCAACGCUCGCUCAUCGCCCUUUCACUGAUCAUGUCCCUGCUCCAAUUUAAGCCGGCGCCUAUGUACAUCCUCGAUGAAAUCGAUGCUGCGUUGGACCUUUCUCACACUCAGCACAUCGGACAGCUCUUCCGUACGCGGUUCAAGGGUUCCCAAUUCAUCGUCGUCUCGCUGAAGGAGGGCCUGUUCACCAAUGCCAAUGUCCUCUUUCGUACGCGGUUCCGUGACGGGACAUCAAUCGUCGAGCGCACUGCACAGCGGUCAAUUUCUGCGUUGUACUCCGGUGCAGAGAAGGAGAACCAAGAGCGCCGCAAGGCUCGGGCUUGA